ACAUCACAUUAUCAUCAAACUUAGUCUCAAAUCUCAACGUCUCUCUCUAUAAUUUGCUGUUAAUAUAGCCGUUAGUUAAGCUCACCUCCCAUUCCCUAAAUAAUUCACCUACCAAUUUUUUCUCUUUAAAAUCUUCUCUUAAAUUUCCACACUCACUCACACUCUAAUCUACCACUCAAUUUCUUAUUCAUUGAAAAUUCAGUAUAGCAGACAGUGGCAGUAGUGUUAAGCAGUACAGACAGGCUACAGACAUCAUAAGUAACAACAUUAACAACAAAACCAACCAUGGCUAAAGUGUCUCUUCUCUUUUUCCUUCUUUUCUUAUCUCUCACAUCAGGAGGGAAUGUGAAUAUGGUUAAUGGACAGAAUACUUGGUGUGUGGCAAAACCAUCAUCAGAUCAAGCAACACUUUUAUCAAACCUCAAUUAUGCAUGCUCUCAAGUUGAUUGCAAAAUUCUUGAAAAAGGAUGCCCUUGCUCCAGUCCUGACAAUCUCAUCAACCGUGCUUCCAUAGCCAUGAAUCUGUAUUAUCAAUGUAGAGGAAAAAACCAUUGGAAUUGUGAUUUCAGAGGAUCUGGCCUAGUUGUUGUAACUAAUCCAAGCUAUGGUAAUUGCAUUUAUGCAUAGAAGUGGACUUUUCAUUAAUGGAAUGUAUAACAUAUCUGCUCUCUUGUAAGCAAAAAUUUGGUGAUCCAUAUGGGCUUAGGCCCUCAUCUUUAUAUA